AUGGUUUGGAUCUCACGUCAAUGCGUAUUCUGCAACAAAAGUUUGUAUUGUAUAAAUAGCUCCCUCAAAUACUUUUAUUUCUUCACGCAUCAUGCAUUUUUCAACGUGAUUUGGCCAUUUCAUUGUCCGACAUUACAAAAGACUUCAAUAUAUUGCCCAAGGAAAAUCUUCGAAGACGCCGUUUUGAGUCAGAUAGUCAAGAUUUUUUGAUAGCGAAAAGAAAAUAUGUAAGGGAAAGAAUAUUCAAAGAAAAUCCUACGUGUUUUGCUUCAUGUCUAGGUGAAUAGCCAAAAUGCUGUGAUGGAAAAAGGCAAAAACGUCAAUGUAUACUAUGCCGUUAUUUUGCAUUGUUCAAAAAACAUAUCGGAGAGCAUAUGACAAAUAAAUGUCGAAAGCCCUCAAACCCUGUUGGUUGUCUAUGAACCCAGGGAGACGAACGUUGAGUUAGAAAAUCCUUGUUAACUGGAAUAUUCUAUUAUUUGUUGCAUCAAAAAUUACUGAAGGAUGUUGAACUGACGUUGUUGACGUAGAUUUCCAGAAAUAUGAAGACUUAGUGCAAAUGUGAAUAUAAGAAGAAUGCUGAAGGUAAAAUAGUUCGAAAUUGUCGACAACAUGAUCAAAUGAUCUUUAAAUAAAUAUACACGUUUUUUCAAACAAACCUGUAAUGAUAAUGUCUCAUCAGAAAAAAAUGGUGAUAUGUAGCAUACCUGAUUUUAGAAAAUACUGGGCGUUGUGCAGUCUCCUGUUGUUACAGAAAUACUAUCACGAUCACUGACAUGAAAACCUGUUCUCUCGUCCAAUCAAUAAAUCGCGUCACUAAGCUGCCCACUGUUAAUUUCUUUCGUUUACCUGUUAUAUAUUUUAUGCGCUGUAUGAUACCCAAAAUAGAGGAGUGUCUAUAUAUUCAUA